GGGGGUCACGUGGGACGGCGGCGGCGCCGUCAUGGCGGCCAUGGCGGCCGAGAAGGAAGCGGAGGCGCAGCGGUUGCUGAGCGAGGCCGAGCGGAAGGUCCGGGGGGCUCAGUCCUUCCUCGGGGGCCUCUUCGGGGGCUCCUCGCGGCUGGAGGAGGCCUGUGAGUGCUACACCCGCGCUGCCAACCUCUUCAAAAUGGCCAAGAACUGGAGCCAGGCUGGCGCUGCCUUUCCCCGAGCGGCUCAGCUGCAGCUGCAGAGCAAACCCCAAUCCGCCACCAAUUUCGUGACAAAUUCCCCCGGGAACGCCUUCAAGAAGGCCGAUCCACAGGAGGCCGUCACGUGCCUGCUCCGGGCCAUCGAGAUCUACACGGACAUGGGCCGUUUCACCAUCGCGGCCAAGCACCACAUCGCCAUCGCCGAGGUCUACGAGAGCGACCUGCUGGACAUCGAGAAGGCCGUGGCGCACUACGAGCAGGCGGCCGAUUACUACAGAGGGGAGGAAUCCACCAGCUCAGCCAACAAGUGCCUGCUGAAGGUGGCGGCGUACGCGGCGCAGCUCGAGCAGUUCCCGCGCGCCAUCGACAUCUACGAGCAGGUGGGCUCGGUGGCCAUGGACAGCCCCCUGCUCAAGUACAGCGCCAAGGAGCAUUUCUUCAGGGCUGCGCUGUGCCACUUCUGCGUGGACAUGCUCAACGCCAAGCUGGCGGUGCAGCGCUAUGAGGAGAUGUUCCCGGCCUUCUCCGACUGCCGCGAGUGCAAGCUCCUCAAG